GACCCCCGCUGUUUAUUGGCGGACUAGGCCACCGAGCAACUCCUCCGGGUGAAGAUGGCGGCAGGGGCGCGUGUGUCGAGUGGUCGCGAUGUGAAUGCAGUUCCAGACGUCGGGGAGAGCCUAGGUACAGCGGGUGGGCAGGGAUUCGAUUUCCUCUGCAUGCCCAUCGUGCACCCCCGCUUCAGGCGGGAGUUCUGCGCGGGGCCGGCUAAGGACCGGCCGGCGGCCCUGACCCGCUCCGAUCUGUUGCUGUCUGGCCGGGACUGGAACACGCUCAUCGUGGGCAAGCUGUCGCCAUGGAUACAGGCGGACUCAGAGGACGAGCAGGUGAGGAGAAACUCGGAAGAGGCCCUGCUGCAGGAGCUGAACUUUGCGGCCUACCUCGGUGUCCCCGCGUUCCUACUGCCGCUGCGGCAGAUGAACAACAGUAACCUGGCAAGGGUGCUGAUCAACCACUUGCUGACCGGACACCACUCCACGAUCUUCUGGAUCCGGGUGCCGCUCAUCUCCUGGGAGGACAUGCGGGAGGACCUAGUAGAGAAUGACCCGGUGGUGCGCUCGGAGGACUGCAGCGAGGAGGAGACGACCUGGCUGUGGUGGCACCAUUUCCGCUCCUUGUGCGACUACAACAAGAGGAUCGCGCUGGCCCUCGAGGUCGGGCCAGAUCUGCCGUCCGACGCUGUCAUCGACCGCUGGCUCGGGGAGCCCAUCAAGGCGGCCGUGCUGCCCACCAGCAUCUUCCUGACCAACAAGAAGGGCUUCCCCGUCCUGUCCAAGAUGCAUCAGAACCUGGUCUACCGGUUCUUCAAGCUGGAGGUGCAGUUCGUGAUCACCGGGUCAAACCGUCACUCGGAUAAGGAGUUCCGCUCUUACCUGCAGUACCUCGAAUAUCUCAACCAGCACCGACCCCCGCCCAACUCGUACGAAACCUACGCCAAGGGAUACGAAGACUACCUGCAGUGCCCGUUACAGCCCCUCAUGGAUAACUUGGAGUCUCAGACCUACGAGAUUUUCGAGAAAGACCCGAUCAAAUACUCGCAGUACCAACAGGCUGUCUACAGGUGUCUGCUGGACAGGAUCCCGGAGAGUGAGAAGGACACAAACGUUCAUAUCCUGAUGGUUCUGGGAGCGGGCCGGGGCCCCCUGGUCAAUGCCUCUCUGCGAGCUGCCCGACAGGCUGACCGGAAGAUUAAAGUGUUCGCCAUUGAGAAGAACAUCAAUGCUGUCGUCACGCUUCAGAACUGGAAGUAUGAGGAGUGGGGGGACCAGGUGACAGUGGUCUCCUCUGAUAUGAGGGACUGGCAGGCGCCCGUGAAGGCAGACAUCAUCGUUAGCGAGUUGCUGGGCUCCUUUGGAGACAACGAGCUGUCGCCAGAAUGCUUGGAUGGAGCGCAGAGGUUCCUGAAGGAGGACGGAGUGAGCAUACCCAGCCAGUACACCUCUUUCCUCGCUCCCAUCUCCUCGUCCAAGCUUUACAACGAGGUGCGCGCCAGCAGAGAGAAGGACCGCGACCCGGAGGCUCAGUUUGAAAUGCCCUAUGUGGUUCGACUGCACAACUUCCACCAGCUGGCUGCUCCUCAGCCCUGCUUCACUUUCACACACCCUAACCGGGGUGUCUUCAACAACAACCGCUACAAGUGCCUGGAGUUUGACAUCAAGCUGAAUACUGUGCUGCACGGGUUUGCCGGCUACUUUGAGACCACCCUGUACAAGGAGGUGACGCUGAGCAUCCGCCCAGAGACUCACUCCCCGGGCAUGUACUCCUGGUUCCCCAUCCUCUUCCCCCUGAAGCAACCCAUUCCUGUGAAGGCAGGGGAAAUGGUGUGCGCCCGCUUCUGGAGGUGUGCCAAUCCCAAGAAGGUGUGGUAUGAGUGGGCAGUGACCUCGCCAGAGUGUUCUGCCAUCCACAACCCUACUGGCAGAUCGUACACCAUUGGCCUGUGACAUGGUGCCCGUUGGCAGUUUUGGACGUGUUCCACUUGUAGCUGUGUGCAUGUUCAAUAGGUGGGGUAGUUGACAAGGAUUGGCUCCUAUCUCGUGCUGCUGAACUGUGAUCUGUGUUGAGAGGUCAAAAUGAUGUGUUUACCAAUGCUGGAGGGUGGGUGGGAGUAUAAAAUGGGAGGCUCCCAGUUGGGGGAUAUGUGAUGAUGCAUUGUGUUACUGACAUUAAACUGAUUUUGUUGCAAAGCUCUUUAAAGUCUUUAAAUCCGAAAAUAAAAGGGGCAGCACGGUGCAGUGCUGCUUCACGGCUCCAGCAAGCCGUGUUUGAUUUUGGCCUGCAAUGCCACAUGGAAUUUAUCCAUUCCAUGUGGAUUUCCCCCAGGUACUCUAAUUUCCUCCUGUAUCCCAAAGUAGGCAAG